AUUAUAACAGGUUGUAAAAGUACGUUUAUGGAUGACCAGAGAAACAUUACCUACAUAACCCUGUCUGGGUAUGUAGAGCUGAACAAAUACAGAUAUGCUUAUUUCUCUUUUAUAUUUACAGUGUACAUUUUAAUAAUCUGCAGUAAUGCUACUAUUUUGUAUCUUAUCUGGAUUCACAAAAGCCUCCAUGAACCGAUGUACAUCUUCAUAGCAGCCUUGUUAUUUAAUGGUCUUCUUUACAGCACCAGUAUUUACCCAAAGCUUUUGAUUGACUUUAUAUCUGAAAAACCCAUCAUAUCAUAUUCAGCUUGCCUGCUACAGUUUUUUGUGUUUUAUUCUGUCGGUCUUUCUGAAUUUUUAUUGUUAGCAGCCAUGGCCUUUGACAGAUAUGUGGCAAUAUGUAAACCUCUGAGAUACCGAAAUAUCAUGAGAAAAAGAACUGUGAAUGUUUUCCUUAUUCUAGCGUGGCUCGUACCUGUAGUUUAUCUUGAAAUACAAACAAUACUAAGUUCUAAAGCUAAAUUAUGUUCAUGUAAUUUGCAAGGAAUAUUUUGUAACAAUACUAUUUACGCACUUCAAUGUGUGAGAUCAAGAACAAUUACUGUAGUUGGGCUUGUUGCUUUACUAAAUGUUGUAAUAUUUCCUAUGGUCUUCACAGUUUUUACAUAUGCAAACAUAUUCAUAAUGUCUUAUCGAAGUCCUAAACCAUUCAGAAAAACAACUGCCCAGACCUGCAUACCCCACCUGUUGGUUUUGACAGGCUACUUUUGUUUGAUGACUUAUGAUGUAAUUAUAGCUCGAGUGGAGUCGGACUUCCCAAAAAUUGCACGCUUUAUAAUGACAGUACAAACAUUUGUGUAUCAUCCUUUGUUUAAUCCAAUCAUAUAUGGUUUUAAAAUCAAAGAAAUCAAUAAACAUUUGAAGAGGCUGUUCAACUCAGUCAAAACAUGCACGCAAUAAUUUAGUAAAUGUUUUUUACAUUUAAAUUCAUUGCCCUGUAAUCAUUGUACCGUAUCUCAAUUUGAUAUUCACAAUGUAAUUAUCAUAACUUAUGUUCCACG